AUGCAACCAUCUACACAAGCUACUCAAAAAGACACCUCCGCUGAAAACAAGGACAACGACUUUGUCUUCAACUGUUUAAGUAACAUCAGUUGUGUUAUUGUUUAA